AUGAGUCGCAGGUCUCUCGGCGAGCUCAGCAGUUAUCUGCUCGAGGGCCGUCUCUCGCAGCGCGGUUGCAUCAAUGGCCGGCGCCUCUCAUCUCGGACGGUGCCCAUCUGGCCCUGUCUGCGUCUGCCAUAUGCCCUGCGGCAUCUCCAUACACAGCCUGUAGCAGCAGCAGCAGCAGCAGCAGCCGGCCAUGUCCCUCUGAGGAAGCAGCUCAAGGAGCAGGCCAAGCAGGCCAAGAAGCAGGGCAAGAAGAAGGUCAAGGGCGACUCCCAAACCGCAGAUGGCUGGGAGCUGACGGUGGGCAUCGAGAUCCAUGCCCAGCUCAACACCUCCCGCAAGCUGUUUUCGCCGGCCGCAACGUCCUUCAACGACGACCCAAACAGCCACGUGGCGCUCUUUGACGUUGCAAUGCCAGGCAGCCAGCCGCUGUUUCAAAAGGAGACGUUGAUACCGGCCAUUCGGGCCGCGCUGGCCCUCAACUGCGAGAUACAGCCCGUCAGCCGGUUUGACAGGAAGCAUUACUUCUGGUGGGACCAGCCUUCGGGAUAUCAGAUUACGCAAUUCUACGAGCCGUUUGCUAAAAAGGGACACAUCACGCUGCUUGCUCGCGAUGGCAUCGCGGCGGAGGACGGGGAGAGUGUCACCGUCGGCAUCAAACAAGUGCAGCUCGAACAGGACACGGCCAAGACACUCGCACAGGCGGGGAGCGUCCACUGGCUGGACUUUAACCGGGUGGGCGUACCCUUGAUUGAGAUAAUCACCGAGCCCGAGAUCCAUCACCCUCGCACGGCUGCCGUAUUUGUGCGCAAGAUCCAGCUGCUGCUCAACACCGUCGACUCGUGCGUGUCCGGCAUGGAGACGGGCGGGCUCAGAGCGGACGUCAACGUCUCUGUGCGGCGGACCGACGACCCCAGCAAGAAGCUCGGGACGCGUACGGAGAUUAAGAACUUGAGCACCAUCAAGGCCGUGGAGGACGCCAUCAUUGCCGAGCGCGAUCGCCAGAUCCAACAGCUGGAAGCGGGGGGCUUGAUUGCUGGCGAGACGCGAGGCUGGACGGUUGGGUCCAAGGAGACGCGCCGUCUGCGCGGCAAGGAGGGCGAGGUUGACUAUCGCUACAUGCCCGACCCUGACCUGGCGCCGCUCGUCAUUGGGAGUGAUCUUGUGCAACAUCUGCAGACGUCGCUUGCUGUUCUGCCGGACACGGAACUGGACAAGCUGGUGGAUCACUACGGCCUCACCGCCAAGGAUGCUCUUUCGCUCAUUACGCUCGACAAUGGAGCUCGCGUGCAGUACUUUUACCGUGUCCUGGCCCUGCUGGAGAGCAAGCUGCAGGCCGAGCCCGAUAUUGCAGAGCUUCCCGAGGUCAAGUCAUAUGCGACGUUGGCGGGUAACUGGAUCCUUCACGAACUGGGCCGCCUGACGACAUACAAGGCCGGCCCGCUGGCCUCGGGAGACCUGUCAUUCACUCAGCUCGGCGAGUGCGCUCAGGUGCCCGAGGAAGACUUGUCACAGCUUCUCUACCACCUGUACCGCAAGCACAUCACCGGCAAAGUAGCAAAGGAGCUCCUCAUGGCGGUGUACUUGGGCGAGCUCGAGGGGGGUAUUCUGGAAGCCAUUGAAAGCAACGACCUGUGGUUCAAGGAAAUUUCACAGCAAGAGUACGAGGCCCUUGCCGAAGCGGCUGCCGAGGGCGAGGACAAGAUGCUGGAGGAGUUUGCCGACGAGGACAAGUAUCCCCGGGGUAAGCUCAUGUAUCUUGUAGGCAAGAUGAUGCGGCUUGGGCCUACCGAGAGGAUUGAUCCUGCCACGGCGGAGAAGACGAUGAAGCUGUGGAUUGAGAGGUAUCAUGGCAGAGGAGAGGCAGCGUAG